AAUCAAGUUUGACGUGAUUCAUGUCUACAGCGGAUAUAUACAAAUGAACGUGAUGUUUGAGGCUCUCACUGAUCGUACAAUGUAGACACAUCAUUUCAGUUCGACUGUGAUAUGGGAGUUGGAGACAUUAUUUUGAUAUUUAUAAACAAUGGCAACACUGCCAUGUUGAUCUGAGCUUUUGGAAAACCCUAUUAGUGUCCGAAGAUGCACCUUAGACGAGUCCACAGUCGGUUGCGUCAGCAUUACCACUGAAAAUGCACCAAUUGAGAGGAGCAAAGUGCAACACUUCGAAAUCUGUGCAUCAUCGCGUGGGUUUUCGUCACGGUAGCCAGGGCACCAAAACAGCAGAGAAGUUGAGCCUUGAGUUUCCACGCGUUUAGUUGCGGAAAUGGUUAAUUUUCUGAAUCAUAUAAUCUACCAAAGUUAGUGACACCAGUACAGUAGGUGGCAGUAAUGCGCAAUUAACGUUUAUACUUGUUAGCCAACCACACCACAGAAUGAAUUGUGUUGCCUGCUUUCGCAUAUGUACUAGCAAGCUUUAUUAGCUAGCUUUAGAAGGCUUCCCUUUGUUUUUGGUUAAAAGUAACCGGCUUUGAGGGGCUUUAAUGUUCCGUGAAGCUCAAUUAAAGACCAUCGGUAAAGCGGGAACCAGCUGGCACUUUAGCCGGGCGAUGGACGAGCUGGUCCAUGACCUGGUGUCGGCGCUGGAGGAGAGCUCGGAGCAGGCGGCACGGGGGGGCUUCGGGGAUGGGGGGGACCACGCGCUGGCCGUAGGCUGCCUGCUGAAGAGACAGGCCCGGAAACGUCGUGGGAGGAAGCGACGCUCUGACAACCCUCACCCACCCUGGGAGACUGGCCACCUCAGUGAGGGAUCUGAGUCCAGCCUGGACGAACACAAGGACUACCGCACCACCACAGGCGGCAUUGCCAGCAGCAACAGCCAUGCCCGUGAUAACAGCGACUCUGAUGAGCAGCUGGGGCCCAAGCGCCGUACUCCCCUGAACCCCGACACAGGGCGUGCCAAACGGCCCAUCUGGCAGGAGGACCUAGGAGGAGUGCCGGGUGCAGAGGGGUCCCGUAGUUUGAGGCGACGGCGCAAGGUCAAACGCAUGGCCGUGGACCCCCCUCUGGAGCCGGUGACCUCCAGUAGCAACACCCCCAUGCUCGGGCCCCCACCCGUCCCCAAGCCCCACGCAGGGUGCAGGAUCCCUGGGGUGAGCGUGGCUGAGGGCAGGGCGGGGAUGGAGCUCGUUGGUGGUGGGGUUGGAAGAGGGAAAAGCAGGGUAAAGAAGAGGAAACUGGCUGCCCACAGGCUGGGGCUGGAGGCAACUGAUGAAGGGGUGGUGGUGGAGAGUGAGGAUGCCAUUAUGGGGCAGGCGGGACCCAAGGACAAGAUGGAGUUUGAGGAGCAGAAGGGCUCGGACGAGGACAUGAGUGACAGGUGUGAGACCAGCAGUGUCAGCAACAGUAGCGAUGGUGGACUGUACACCAAUGACGAGGGGAGACAAGCUGAUGAUGAGCAGAGUGACUGGUUCUAUGAGGGGGACCCGGGGGGAGCGUGUGGGGUGGCGGGGGUGAUUCCCUGGUGGGAGAGAGAGGCAGGCGAGGAACUGGACCUGGCUGACCCUGUCUUCAACAGCAUCCUCACCGGAUCCUUCCCCAUCAUGAGCCCCAGGGCACAGAGAGGGUUCCAGGCCAGGCUGAGCUGGCUGCAUGGUGGGCCCCAGGGCCACGAUUCCCAGGGCACCCCAGGACAGGCCUUCAACGAGCGGCUGGGACGACACCACCAGGACCCCCCCCACUCACACGACCCGUGGUUUAGUCCGGGGUCUAGACGAGAACACGGACAAAUGCACUGGGACUCACGGACAGACAGAGGGCAUCGGAGGAGCUGCUCAGUGAAAACAGCCAGCAGACAGACGAGUGGUCACCUGGGGUCUCUGUGUACGGGGGAAGUCAAGAGGAGACGCAAAGCAGCACCCCUUGGUUUACCUCCACCCACAGGGGUGGUAGGUGAGAGUGCGGGGCCCAUCCCAGAGACCAACAUGGGGAACCGGAUGCUGCAGAGUAUGGGCUGGAGCCCUGGUAUGGGCCUGGGUCCGGAGGGCAGGGGCAUCACUGAGCCUGUUCGGGCCACACAAAGACCCAAGGGAGCGGGCCUGGGUUUUAACUGAGCCCCACGCUUUAGGCCCCAAACUGAACAGGCCAGGCCAGCAGGCCUCGAUGGAGAUGGACCCUACUGAGGGCAGGGAGGACGGUGGUCAACACUUCCUGGGAAAGAAAGACUGAGAGCAUCAGAGCUGGAAGAAGGAACAAAUGCAAAUGUUUUACUUAGAGGACGAACAUCCUAUGAUAGGGAAAGUCACAACCCUGGUUAGAGAGGAAGUGCAUGGAGCGUUAGGGUACCCAUCAGGGCUCCUGAGUGGCGCAGCGGUCUAAGGCACUGCGUCACUACAGUCCCUGGUUCGAAUCCAGGCUGUAUCACAUCCGGACGUGAUUGGGAGUCCCAUAGGGCGGCGCACAAUUGACCCAGCGUCAUCCGGGUUUGACCGGGGUAGGCUGUCCUUGUAAAUAAGAAGUUGUUCUUAACCUACUUGCCUAUUUAAAUUAAGGUUAAAUAAAAUAAAAAUAUUUUUUUGUUAA